GCCAAUGGCCGGCAAGGCCCCGCCUCCGCGGCGGCGCGGGGCGUGGCGGCCCCUCCCGCGGCGCUGAGGGAGCGGAGCGGCCCGCCCGGCCCGGCCCGGCCCGGCCCGCCCGGUGCUGCCCGCACCGGCACAGGCCCCCAGACCAGCCGAGCCCAGCGAGGCCCCAGAUGAUGCCGGGGGCGCGGGUGGCGGAGCAGCAGUGCCUGGACGUGUGGCGGCCGCUGUCGCCCCAGUGACGGCCCCGCCAUGUCGGUGAUGGUGGCGAGGAAGAAGGUGGUUCGGAAAUGGGAGAAGCUGCCGGGCAGGAACACCUUCUGCUGCGACGGCCGCAUCAUGAUGGCCCGGCAGAAGGGCAUCUUCUACCUGACGCUUUUCCUCAUCCUCGGCACCUGCGCCCUCUUCUUUGCCUUUGAGUGUCGGUACCUGGCAGUCCAGCUGUCCCCAGCCAUCCCCGUGUUUGCAGCAGUUCUCUUCCUAUUUGCCAUGGCUACGCUCCUGCGGACAAGCUUCAGUGAUCCUGGGGUGAUCCCGAGAGCCCUGCCUGAUGAGGCAGCCUUCAUAGAGAUGGAGAUUGAGGCCACCAACGGUACCGUGCCGCAGGGUCAGCGCCCACCCCCACGGAUUAAAAACUUUCAAAUCAACAACCAGAUAGUGAAGCUGAAGUAUUGCUACACAUGUAAGAUCUUCCGUCCGCCCCGUGCCUCUCAUUGCAGCAUCUGUGACAACUGUGUGGAGCGCUUCGACCAUCACUGUCCCUGGGUGGGCAACUGCGUGGGGAAGAGGAACUACCGCUAUUUCUACCUCUUUAUCCUCUCGCUCUCACUCCUCACCAUCUACAUCUUCACCUUCAACAUAGUCUACGUAGCACUGAAAUCUUUGAAGAUUGGGUUUCUGAACACGUUGAAGGAAACCCCAGGGACAUAUCCUUCCACAAUGCAGAGGGGUUGGCUUCUCCAAAGCUGGGUGUUAGUUUGAGCUGCAUUCUGGGGGGACUGGAGUCUUGAUGCUCAGGGUUCUCUAAGGAGUCUUCCAUGGUGUUUUCCCCUGUGACUACAAGGUGGGGAGUGAUUUUGUGGCUUUUGGGAGGAAGGUAAAAUGGAAAACCAUGUCUAGGAAAAGAAAAGGAGUUAGGAUAGUGUGCCUGGGGGUAGUGACACAGCUGGGCUGGGACUGUUGCCAGGCUGUUCCCAGUCCUUAACUGUCCUUACUGUACUGGAAGUGCUCAUCUGUUUCUUCACCCUGUGGUCAGUGGUGGGGUUGACUGGGUUCCACACCUUCCUGGUGGCACUGAAUCAGACAACCAAUGAAGAUAUUAAGGGGUCCUGGACUGGGAAGAACCGCGUGCAGAAUCCCUACAGCCAUGGCAACAUAGUGAAGAACUGCUGUGAGGUGCUCUGUGGGCCUCUUCCCCCCAGUGUCUUGGACAGACGGGGCAUCUUGCAGCAAGAAGAGAGCACAGCUCAGGAGGAGUCAUGCCCACGGGGGCCCAGCACUCAAGAGCCCACCGCUGCUCAGGACUCUGGUGGGCAGGCAGAGGAGAGCAGAGCUCCACAGAAGGAUGGCAGCCUUCCUCACUUGAGUGCUGUCCCUGCACCAUCCCUGAGCAACGCUGAGAUGCCGGAGCAGAAGCAGCUAACAUCUGGGGAGCUCCCGGUCCCAUCCCAGAAUGCUGGGCAAGCAGAGCACUAGCAUCUGCUUGAAAGGGAGAACUUUCUUGUUUUGUCUAAUCAAAGCUGGAAGUGAUAGAGGAGAGGAGGAGAUGGGCUGGAUGGCAGGCAAACGAUUCCUCAUGGCCAUUUUGCUUUAGUCAUUAUUCGCCUUGAUGCACAGGCAGUGCAGGCUGGCACUGGCCUUGCAUGGUGUCAAAGGAUAAUGAGGGUGAGUGGCCCUCCUUGGUCACCCAGGGGCACUCGCCACCACUGAGGCUGGUCUGCCUGUGGGCCGAGGCAGGACCUCUUGCUCUGCAGGUUGUCCUGGAUGCCAAGUACUGGCUCUGUGGCUGGGGCUGUCCUCCAUCUGGCCCCAAUUCUGACAAGAUGACUUGUGGUCAAGCAGCUCAGGAGCGAUGUUAGGGUCGGCCUGCUCUCUACUGCUGAGGAAUCCUGAUGGGAAGAGGAAAGCCAAUUUAUGGCAGUAGUGUCCUCUCUCCCCUCCUCCCUCCUUCCUCUAAUCUGUGGCAUUGUUUUAUUGGUUAACGUGGCAGGGGUUGUCGGGAGACAUUUCGGUGCCAAAAGGGCCAAAACAACCGGGAAGGUGUGUUCUGCUGGCAGUGGUUUUUAAAGUAGCUUCCUUCCCAUGUUCCUUCUUUUCAUGUGACUUGGCCUGCACGAGAGCAGUUGUGGCGGGGGCACUCCUUCCCAUCCUUUCCCGGGGCUCAUGCCUGACCCAGGGGCUUGAGGGGGGGAGCAGGGCAGCCCAUCUUCCUGCUGCUUGUCUCCACCCCAGUUGUGCAAGGGGUGUAUCAAGCUGCAGGGGAGGGCCUGCCUGUGCUGUUGGCUUUCUAGCUAGUGCCAGGGCUGCAUUUGCUCAUGGGUGCCUGCGCCAAGCACAGGCGUGCCCUCCCCUUGCCUGCCAGGCUGUGGCAUGCCACUCAGCUGCUGCUCUGCAGAACCUCUGCCCCGAUUCUGUGUCAUGUCAUCAUGUUCCUGUGUCCUCCCUGCCUUACCCUGCAUUUCUCAGCCAUCCUCGACUGGCUUUCAGAGCCUGAAUCUUCCCUGGGUUUUGCCAGCUGUUCGGGGACUGGCUGUCUGGUGUUGGCCAUCUGCAUCGCCUUGGCAGAGGAGGGGGGAGAGGCCAGGGCUGGGCCGUGGUGGGAGACCUCUGUGCUGUGGCAGGGCUCCUCUUCCACUGUGACGCUCCCUGUCCUGCAUCUGGCAGCCAGGCUGAGAAGAGCCUUGUGUCUGCGGGUCCCUGCAGAGGCCGGUGGUGGAGGGAAGGCUGUUUUGUGUCCUGGCAGCUGUUGAUCCUGUACCAUGAGUGCUGGGUCCUGUGCCUCUCUGCAGACAUGAGGUGAGCGAGUGGCAGGUGGAGAAUGUCCUGCUUGUUUCUCCGUGAUGCUCCUGCCUGGCAGCAUGAAGUUGCUGCUGCUCCUUCCCUGGCCUCAUAUGCCAUCCUGCUUUCAACAGUGGCAUGGAGCAGAGCGCAGCGGGGAGUGUUGUCCCUCCAGGGCCUGAUGUGUGCCUCCCAACUUGCUCCUGUUCCCUGGCCCCUUACAGUGUCGACCUGGGCUGUGCCUGGCCCCGGGUGAACCAGUAUUAAUGUGGCAACCAGCGCUGCCCUCUCUCCUGUAGUGCCGGGGUCUCCUCUCCUAGGUGAGAGGGCAGAGCUGCUGCCCUGGCCUCCAGCCGCUGGUUCACAGUUGCCCUGCAGCUGCCUUCAGCUGCUCCCCACUGGUGCAUACUGGGGAAGGAGCCCUGGCCUGCCACUGCCCGUGGGGCCAGAGCUGCCCGGCCUGCAGCCGCUGCCACCCUGCAGCCAGGCUGGGCCUGUCCCACCCUGGGGUGGAGGGGGGGUCCCAGGACCAGGCCUGGGCUGCUGUGCCUGGCCCCAUGCACACCCCGCUGGUGGUGGGAGCUGCCCCUCCUCUCCCACCCACCCCAACACGCUACUGACCAAAUCUCAAACUCGUUGUGAAAAAGUGUAUUUUUUUGUUUUACUAAUCUAUUUUCUAAUGCGGUGUGUUGAGUGCUGCCUGCUGGGGCCGUCGCAGAUGCUGCCCACACCUGUGGUUCCUGUCUGCUCUGUUCAAGGUCUCCGUGAAGGAAGUGGGGGUAGGGCGAGGGUUGGCGUUUCUUUUAUUUUUUCCUUUUUUAAUUUUAAAACAAUGAAGGAAACUUAAUUGGUUUGAAAAAUG